GACCGGGUGAAACGGCAAUAUCGCCAUGAUCCAGCGACUCCAACUGGGCACCGACCACCCGCGGCUCUCCAAGCUCAUGAGCGACGACAGCAGCGAGUCCGAGCGGUCGGCCCGAGUUGCGCCCCGCGUCGCCGCCCGCGACCUCUCCUCCCCAGAGUACCCACCGGCUCCUUCUGCGUCGUCCGAUUUGCCAUGAUUAUCCUUAGCUUCGAUCGCAUUCUCGGGUUCAAGAGCACCGGCUUGGAGACCAAAGCGACGGCAGACGUCAAGGGGUCUGUGGACGGCACGACGGUCGUCACGGUCGUCGCCUCGAACGAAUACGAAGAUGUGCCGCACGAUGUCGACGUGGCCGAACCCAAGUCGCCGUCCCGCGGCAUCGGCGGCAGCAUCCACUCGUUCAUUUUUGGCAUCAAGAACGGCAACAACACAGCGAAGCGGUCGGCGCCACCGCCGAGCCCGCCGACGCAGCUGCGUCACGACGCCAAGGGACAGAAUAACACACUUGUGAUCGUGCGCAAGCCCGUGAAAUCGUGGGACGAACCCCAUCCGGUCCUUGCACCAGCGGACGAGGAGACCACAAUUGAAGCGUUUACAUGAAUUACGGUUUAUAUAUAAUUGUUGAUAGAAAUUAGUCAAACAGAGAUAACGUGAUCAGA